UCCGGUCAGUUUUCUGUGGAGAGCUGGACACGCAGCAGAGGGCUCAUCAUGGCACCACUUGGACUAAAAGCGAUUGUUGAAGAGAAGAUAAUGAAUGAUGUCAUCAAGAAGGCAAGAGAGAAAGGAAAAUGGAAGGUGCUGGUGGUGGACAAGCUGAGUAUGAGGAUGAUUUCUUCCUGCUGUAAGAUGACAGACAUCAUGUCAGAGGGAAUCACCAUUGUAGAAGACAUAACCAAGCGGCGUGAGCCUCUGCCCAGCAUGGAGGCCAUCUACCUGAUCACACCCUCAGAUGAGUCUGUUGAGGGUCUGAUUGAGGACUUCAGAGACCCGCAGUCUCCGAGGUACCGAGCAGCUCACGUCUUCUUCACCGACACCAUCCCCGACUCGUUGUUUGGACUGCUGACCAAAUCCCGCGCCUCCAAAGCCAUGAAGGCCUUGACUGAGAUCCACAUCGCCUUUCUGCCCUAUGAAUCUCAGGUCUUCUCCCUGGAUAAAAUCGAUGCCUUUCAGGACUUCUACAGCCCCUUCAAGGUUGACGUGAAGAACAACAUGCUGGAGCGUUGCGCUGAGCAGCUCGCCACCCUCUGUAACACUCUCAAAGAGUAUCCUGGAGUCCGAUACAGAGGGGAGUACAAAGACUGUGCGGUUCUGGCUCAGAUGCUUCAAGAGAAGCUGGACGGCUACAAGGCUGAUGACCCCACCAUGGGAGAGGGUCCAGACAAGUCUCGUACUCAGCUGCUCAUUCUGGAUCGUGGCUUUGACCCUGUGUCACCCCUCCUGCAUGAGCUCACAUUGCAGGCCAUGGCCUACGACCUGCUGGGCAUCGAGAACGACGUCUACGGGUUUGAGACCAGUGGGAUGGGAGAGACGAGAUUGAAGGAGGUAGUGCUGGAUGAGGAUGACGACCUGUGGCUGACUCUGAGACACAAACACAUCGCUGAGGUGUCAACGGCUGUGACUCGCUCUCUGAAAGAGUUCUCUGCCAGCAAAAAGUUGAACACUGGAGAAAAGACUACCAUGAAGGAACUGUCUCAGAUGCUGAAGAAGAUGCCUCAGUAUCAGAAGGAGCUCAGCAAGUAUUCAACCCAUCUCCACCUGGCUGAGGACUGUAUGAAUCGCUACCAGGGCACUGUGGACAAACUCUGUCGUGUAGAACAAGAUCUGGCAAUGGGCAUUGAUGCAGAGGGAGAGAAGAUCAAGGAUCCCAUGAGGCUCAUUGUACCAGUUCUACUGGACACCAAUGUCAGUGUGUCUGACAAGAUACGCAUCAUCCUGCUCUACAUUUUUCUAAAGAACGGUGUGACUGAGGAGAACCUGUGUAAACUCCUUCAGCAUGCCAACAUUCCACCAGAGGAGAGUGACAUCAUUUCCAACAUGGCCCACAUGGGUAUUCCCAUUGUCUCUGAGGGAACCAUCAAGAAAGCCAAGAAGCCCGAUCGUAAGGAGCGAAUCAGUGAGCAGACCUACCAGCUCUCCAGGUGGACUCCUCUCGUCAAGGAUCUCAUUGAGGACGCUAUUGAGGACAAACUUGACCCCAAGCAGUACCCUUACAUUUCCCAGAGACAAGUAUCUUCCAAAGUCAGCGCUCCAUCAAGUGCUCGCUAUGGUAAUUGGCACAAGAACAGGGGCCCCACAGAGAUGAAGACAGGGCCCAGGAUCAUCGUCUUUAUUAUUGGAGGGGUGACGUACAGCGAGAUGCGCUGUGUGUACGAGGUCACCCAGGCCAAUGGCAAGUGGGAGGCACUGAUCGGUGCCACCCACAUUCUCACCCCGCCUAAGUACCUAAAGGAACUACAGCACCCAGACUUCCUGGACCCCAACGCUGCACCAGAAGGCACAGAGGAGCCGCCUGCAGAAUGAAAAGAAGUUUGGAAGAUCAACUGAAAUCUUCACCCCUUCUCGCCUUCUAAAAACCCUCAAAGACUUGGACAAAGAAAAGCAGACCAGUUAAGAAGCUCCUGUAGCGCUCCCUUCUCAGCUCAGCCCUCAAACAGCAGAAACACCAAACUGACCCCCCCCCCAGCAGGACACAUUGAAUCUUGAUCUUGAUCUUGUAUAUGAUUCAGUUGUUGUUAACUCAUAAACCAAACUGUUUUAAAUCACAUCAUCGUGUGUUGAAUUUUAUGAGCGUGUUGCUGUUGAUCAAAGUUUAUUGGCAGAGAUUGAAUUUGUGUUGACUGUAUAUUGUGGGAUGUGUAUUUCCUUGGAAAAGUUUUGUAUGUGAAUUAGUUUAAAUGACUGGAAGAGAUUAUAAAUGGUUGAAGAGUAUACUGGGACCAUUUUUCCACUGCUUUACCAAAUAAAAUGGUCUUUUUCAUCCAAGACUGGUGGAUAUGACACAUUAUCUGUGUAUUCACUUCUAUUGUAUUCUCUCCUCUACCAGUACACAACCUUCUUUUAUUUUGUUGGAGCAUGCUAGUGUCUAUGUAGUGCUUUCCAUACAGUAGCAGCUGUGCUAUAUUGUACAAGUUAUCAGAUUUACAGUGAUGUGUCUGACCUUGGAAAUGCCAACGUAAAGCCACUCUGAUGUAUAUUUAGCUGUAGAUGAAGCAUUUUGAAAGAAACAUAUAGAGUGUAGUUGGAUUGUCUCUCUUGCUUUAUCAGUAGUGUUUUUGGGCUGUGUUCCUUUCUCCUUUAGAUAUUCAGUUUCCUUUUGGUUCCCUGUGUUUGACCAUAAUGUCAUUGGUUAUUGUUAUACUGUGGUUCUUUGUAACUAGUAAUCCACUGUGUAUGAAGAGAGAUGUCAGUAUGUCAGUCUGUGCUUUUAUGUCCACAUCCAUGAACAAUACUCGCUGCAGGGUGUGUGUUAAGCUAAUAAAGUGGCUUCCAUUAAACCAUCA